AUGUCUGAACAAAUCCUCGCCGGCAAGACAUGUCUCGUCACUGGUGGUGGCGGUGGCCUGGGCAAAGUGAUUGCGACCAAAUUCCUUGAGGCUGGGGGCAGCGUCGUCAUCUGCGACGUAAACGAGGAGCGACUGCAGGAGACCUCGGCUGAAUUGUCAUCCAAGGGACCUUUCAAGGCCAUCAAGACCGAUAUCACCGACAAGGAAGCUGUACAAAGUCUGUUCGAUGAAGUGAUCCGCGCAUUCGGCAAGAUCGAUGUCCUGGUAAACAAUGCCGGAAUCAUGGAUCAAUUCGACCCUGUGGGAGACUUGGACAUUGAGCUCUGGGAGCGUGUGAUGGCCAUCAACCUCACUGCGCCUUUCCUUCUGAGCAAGCUGGCUGUCAAAAACAUGCUGGAGCAGGAGAAGCCCGACGGUCGUAUUAUCAACAUCGUUUCAGUGGCUGGUCGUGCUGGCUGGGCUAGCGGUGCUGCCUAUACCGCCAGCAAGCACGGUCUUGUCGGUUUGACUAAGAACACUGCGGCUUUCUACGGUGCCAAGGGCAUCAAGUGCAACGCUCUUAUGAUGGGCGCUAUGCAGACCAACGUUGCCGAUGCAUUCAAGACGGGCAUCAAUCAGGAAGGGUAUCAGAAGAUGAACACCAUCUUCGAGUCGAUCAAAGCCCCUUACUGUGACUUGGAGGAGGUGGCCGGUUUCUGUACCUCAAUGACUUAUGGCAAGGGAGCUAGCAUCAUUAAUGGUGCUUGUAUUGCCAUGGAUCAGGGCUGGACUGCUACUGUCGGCUAA